GUUUUGGGAAUUUCAGCGAAGAAGAAGCGACUGAAAUGGCUGUGGGGCAAAGCUAGCUUUUGCUUGACUAGUGUAAAUAUCUACCAUUUGUAGGCUGGAGCCGGAGCGACGAUAAGGUUAACCGAGAGUUUUUUGACCCUGUAAUUGUCGCCGUACUUGAACAUUAACAAUUACGUAGCCAGCGGGGUUCACCUUCUGUUGUCUAACGUCAAACUAGCCUCUUAGCUGGCUAGCUGAGCUUAGCUUGCUGUAUAAUUAGCUUAAGUAAACACGGGGGUGGCUGUAGAUUGGAGAAACCUAUUUAUCAGUUUAACACAAGAUAAGAUAAUAAGGUAAAACAUUGUGUUUAGAUGAGAAGUUGUGUUAUAGUCUCUAUGUUGUUGUGACAGUCAGCUCGCUGUCAUCAGCUGAUAAACAAACAGGUCAAAGUUUAGGAAAAUGAUCCUACUGAAAAUCAGUGUUUGAGAAAGUGUUAGACCAAGCUGUUCUCACCUUACAGUCCACCUCCUUGACCGCUGUGUUCCUGUCUGUCUUGUCACCCACUCCACAGUCUUGAGGAUUGAGGAUGAUGAACCAGCGGCGUGGGAUCCACCUGGACCAAUCAGAGCUGCUCUGCAAGAAAGGAUGCGGUUUUUACGGCAACAAUGCUUGGCAGGGCUUCUGCUCCAAGUGCUGGCGAGAGGAGAAUCAGAGAGAGAAGCAGAAACAGAUUCAAGAAGACUGGGCACUGGCUGAAAAGUGUGUCUCUUACUCUGUUUUCCAGUAAAUGAUCAUUCCCUGAAGGCGGACCUUCUGCUUCUUUUUCCUCACAUGUGUACAUGUCUGUUUCUUCCCAGGCUGCAGAGAGAGGAAGAGGAAGCUUACGCAAGUAGACAACAGAAGCCCCAAUCCCAGUCUACGAUUACACCCUUCAGCAAGUUUGAGGAAAGGAAAACGAAGGAGAAAUCAAGCAAAGUCCACACCGUUACAAAGUUUUUCACUCCCUCCACAAAAACACCUUUGAAAAAAGGUAUUUGUUUUACACGUUGAUCUAUCUUUUGUACUUUUUCUGUAGUUGAGUGCCUUUUUCAUGUCAUAGCAACCGUUUACAACUAGGGAUGGGAAUUGAUAAGAUUUAUCGAUAUCAAUGCUAUUAUCGAUUUUGCUCAUCGAUUCAAUUCUUUAACAAUUCCCUUUUCAAUGCCUUUAUUUAAUUUAAAAAAAAAAAACAAAAGGUAGACUAUAGGGGUUUUUACUGUUAACUCAAAAAUUUAAUGAGUCUGAUAACAGAAAAAGAUGUAUGCCAUCUUCAGUGAGAGUCUAAAAAUGAUCAAACGACAAACUUUGUACAGCAUUUACUUCGGUUGGUAUUGAGUCAAAUACAUGAUAUGUUGUUUUGUCCGGCAUGCAGUGUGCUCAUGAUAACACAGGACAUAGACCUUCCAUGCUGUGCUGAGACAGAGCGGGAGCGGCUGAUGAGCGGCGUUGACAAAUGUUGAAGCAUGUUGCUGGUGUUUCCACCUUUGCAUAAAAUUGCUGCUCGGUGCACAUGCACGUUUCGCUGUGGUCGUCUUUCUUAGUAAAAUUAAGCCAGACUUUAGAUCGUUUCAGCCUACUUUUUGUACCGUCCACCAUGUUUUUAUCUCUGUCUCUGUUCCCGCUCACGUAGACUGGCUCUCGUGAGACCGUUUUUCAAGGCACCUGGAAGAAAGGAAUCGUUAAGGGAAUAAAUAAAAUUAAAAUUAAAAUGGAAAUGAUGUCGAUGGAUUGAGCCAUUUGGGUUUAAUCGAUUCCCAUCCCUAUUUAAAACUUCUUGGCAUGUUGCACCAUAAGAAAUAUUAAGAAACAAAACCACACUCAUUCUUUUGAGUUGUUAUCUGUAUUUAUGUUAAACCUAUUCGCAGGUUUUAUAAAGUGAUUAGUCAGAACAGUGUGGUAAUAAUAUGAUAUUAUGGCUGUUAUGACUAUGUGUGUGUGAGACAUAAAGUUGUAAGGUUAAGAAUUAAUUUUUUGAGUUUGAUCAGAGUAACACUCAGUGUCUUCCAUCAGACUCUGUCUUCGACGCACAGUCCAGCCCAAGCCCCAGCUCCUCUGCAGGCCGGCAUUCUUCUGUGGAUACUGACCAUGCGACACGAGAGUUCAUUGAUUUUCUGAAGCCUCUCAAGUCUGGCAGGGAAAUCUUCAAACAAUGCCGAGCCUUCACUGAGAGCAUGGUUUAUAAGCGGGUGAGCUCAAGUAGAUUUAAUACCCAGUUUAUGAGACAAGCUUGUAAUAUCAGUUUGAUACUCGUGCAAGGUAAGAUAACCUUUUAACAAAUUUGUUUGUUGUUCUUGGCUUUUUAUUAGAACGGAAUCAAUAAAACUAUAGAAAAAUCAAAUUUUAAUAGUGGCAGCAGAGGUGUACUUUGUGACAGUGUUUACAUAUUGUACCUUUUAAUUGUCCCACAUCUUGAUUGAAGACUAAAACCCACUGUAUUAAACACUGCAGUUACUGAGGAAAUGCUUGUUUACCUUAUAUCUCACUUAUCUCGCAAUCAUUUCUUUACAGCAUCUGUCUUGAGCACUUACAUUUUUGUCCAUACAAAACCGUCUUGCAGUUACUACAAAUAUAAAGUUAUCUUCAUCAAUAUUAUCCUUUAUGUAUCUGUACUUAGCUGCAUUUGUUCCUUUGGUGUAUUUUAGGCCAAAUUAAAAUAUCUGAUCUGUAUUUCUCAUUUUUUAUCUUUUCUGUAUAGGACAUGGCUGCAGAUGAGUUGUCAGAGUGUGUUCAAGACUUUUACCAGAACCUCUCUGAACGUCUCCAGACUCAGUUCAAAGGUAAAGCUAAACCUCUGCACUGUGGGAGAAUCUGCUACAAACAACCAACGUUCCAGACAGCGUACAGAAAAUCAAAAAUGUAUCUUUGUUCUCUGUGUCGCUGUUCUAGGUUCAUCAGAUCAUGUGGAGAGUGUUAUGGAUGAAGUGGAGAAGUACAUGAUGACUCGUCUCUAUAAGGAAGUCUUCUGUCCUGAGACCACAGAUGAUGAAAAGAAAGACCUGGCCAUUCAGAAGAGAAUCAGGUCAGCAAAGAAAGUGGUUUUUGUGUUGAAAUGUCGUAUUUGUUUGUAAUGUCUCCCUUUUCCCUGUGAGCCAAGAAAAUCAGUCAAACAGAAACCAUUUGAUUGUUUUAUCAUGUUUUAUCGCAGAGCUCUGCACUGGGUCACCAUUGAGAUGCUGUGUGUUCCUGUGGACGAGGAAAUUCCUGAGGUGUCUGACAGCGUCGUUAAGGCAAUCACAGGUACGUGUUUGUUUUUUCUGCUAGACACCCUUUGAUCAUCUUGAUGAUAGUGAUCCUACAAUCUGAUCUCUUCUUAAUCCUCUGCAUCACGACAGAUGUGAUCGAAAUGGAUUCAAAGCGCGUGCCCAAGGAGAAGCUGGCAUGCAUCACGCGUUGCAGCAAGCACAUCUUCAACGCCAUCAAAGUCAGCAAGAAAGAGGCUGCAUCUGCUGAUGACUUCCUUCCUACGCUCAUCUACAUUGUGCUGAAGGCAAAUCCGCCACGACUGCAGUCCAAUAUCCAGUACAUCACCCGUUUCUGUAAUCCCAGCAGACUGAUGACUGGAGAGGAUGGUUACUACUUUACCAACCUGGUAAGACGACCAGCAUGUACUCACUUGCAUUUCUGUAGGUUUUUUGUGUGUUUGAUUCGUCAUAUUACCACAUUUCUGAGGAAGUGUGUUGUUGUUGAGUUAUGGUUUUAAAGUUAGUAGUGUUGCAAUAUUUAAGCCUAUAUAUACAAAUGAUAAAAAGUUAAAAAACUGUGUAUAUUUCAGCAGAGUUCAUCUGAAAAAUUACAGCCUGCUGUUUGUCAUGCAUAGACAGUACCAGGGCAGGCUGCCUGAGUAUAUUUGCCAAUCAUUUUUAGGAGCGAUCAAGAGAGACUAAUAACGACACAAUCACUGCAAUUGACUCAUGCUUAUGGUGCCAAUAAUAAUAUCUAUGUAUGUGGGCUGUUCUGCAGGAAUUGCAGAUGAACGAUUAUAGGCAGGUCUUAAAGGCAUGGUUGAUGAUCUGAGAAGCAGUUGAAAAAAACUGAGCCGUUGAGGCAGGUUUGAAAAAAAGCAUCCCUACUCCCCACACACAAACCUCUCAUGAUAACUCCUCCUGAACUUGUAUCGCCCUCCCCACGACACACCCCCUCUGGCAGAGCAAGAACACGACCGGCAGAAGAUCCUACGCUAGCUUCAAAUAGGAUUCACCAUGUCGGAUUGCUCAUGACUAGCGGCAGUAAGUGCCAGCUCUGCAAGCGAGUACUGACUGCAGCUGCCCGGACAGCUACCGUGUUGACAUUGCAGAGACUAGUAAGAGUUAUUUAUGUAACACAUGCCACGAUAAAAGGCAAAGAUUACCUGUUCAAUAAAAACUCUGCUGUCUCGGCAUCUGUUUUCAGGCCCAAAUCCUGGCAGAGCUUUCUCCACCGUUCCAGGAUGACCCAAUUUUUGGUCACAUUUCCUCUUCGACUCUGCCCUUUCUUCUGUCGGCUUAUGUUUUCUUCCCACUUUUGGUGGUGGGGCAAGCGGAAGUGUUUUUUUGUGUCCUUCUCCAUCACAGCUGCUGGAGCUAAGCUUCUACGCUACUUUAAGCUGCUCAGAGCUCCUAGGAGGGCCGGGAGAGUAGAAGGGGAUGAGUCGGAACUACGAGAGAAGGGUGUGUCAAAUAUAGCGAGGUGAUUGGAUGGAGAGGCGGAACAGGAGAUUGACCAAUAGGAGCUGUCCGGGACGGAUGGCUCCCAUUGGUCAAUGUUUUUUCAGCCAUGCACCUGCUAGGGUGAACAGAUUUUUCCCAUUCUUGUUUUCUCUUCACUUUGUGGAGAUUGCACUGUAGGACCAUGAUCACCAUAUAAACAAGGUUCAUAAAAAUUACCAAUCUCUCCAAUUGUCAACCAUGCCUUUAAUAUUUAUGGCAGUUGAAGUCGACAGACCUGAAAUUUGCAUUUACAGUUAUAUUUAGUGUAGUAUAGUGAAAAAUACGGGUAGAAAAGAAUGCAUCAGUUAUAACAGUUGGAGUUGAAUUGUGCUAAAAUGAACAGAAGAGGACUUUUCUGAAGUGUAAGUGAAUCUUACAUCAGGCGUCCUCUUCACAAAACUCUGUAUUCUCUGUCUCUUUUCAGUGCUGUGCAGUGGCCUUCAUUGAAAAACUGGACGGCCAGUCUUUGAACAUGAGUUCUGAGGAGUUUGAGCUCUACAUGUCAGGACAAGCGUCCCCUAACUGGCCACAGGCCUCUGGAGCUUCUUCCUGCUCCCCAGGCAGCGCAGCUCUCAGUCAGGUCCACAAACGGCUCGACCUGCUGACGGGGCUCGGGGAACGGCAGGAGCGGGUCAUGGAUCAGGCUCGUCAGCUUGAGAGUGACCUUAUCGACUGGACGGACGAAGUUGAGCAGAAGGUUCAGAGCGUUCUGGAGAGUUUCCCUGCAGAGACAAAAAACCCAACAGAAACCACGACUGAAGGGACGUCCGCAGCUUCAUCAGCAAUUGACGCAGAUAACAUUGAAAAUGAGCUCCUGCCUCCGCCACUUCAACCCCAAGUGUUUGCUGGUUGAUAUGAGGGGCUCUGCUCCAGAAAGAAGUUAUCCAGAGGCUUUACUCCACCCUCUCCCUCUUACCCUUACUGUCCGUAUGCACAUACAGCAGGCAUCCAGUACGGAUCCUACUCCAGCCAUCUCUAUCCAGUCUUUACAUUACCCUAAAGGCCCUGAAACGACUAAUGAAUACUCAAGCAAUGGGUUCAGAUUGUGGGAACCACAAUAAAUAGCUUUUUAGCAGAGAGUUAAGUAAGAAGAUGAAUGACCCCUCUGGUGUUUGGAUGGUUUAUGAAGGCGCAACCAGUGAGAGCAACUCAGUUUAGCUAAUGUAAGAGGUUUGGGAUAGGAAGAAACAGCUAGCCAGGCCCUGUAAAUUCACUAAGCUUCUAAGCUUAGUCAUUAAACACAUGAAUUUCAUUUAGUUUUUCCAAACUAAAGUGUAAAAUAUACAAGUUACCUAAUGCUUUGUAUUUUCUGAGGUGCUAACAGUAAAGCUAGCUGUGUCUUCCUAUGUUUAAGUCCCUGUGCUGAGGUAAUCAUCUCCUGGCUUUAGCUUCCACAUGUCUGAGGGUUAUUAAUCUUUUUAUAUCAAACUCUCAGUAACAAAGCAAAUGAUCAUCUCCCAAAAUGUUUCAAACACCUUGUGCACUCCAAGUAUUUUGUCAUAGUAAUGAAGUUAAGGAUCUGGGCGAGCAUUUUUGAUGAACCCUUGACUUCUGGGUUCUUCUGUUGCAGUUUCAGAUUUAGGCAAAGAGGACUGGAGUUGGCCUACUUGACUGGGCCAAGUCUUUUCGUGUUCCUGGGCCAUUAGGGAAACAUAACUCCCUUAUACCCCUAUCGUGCUCUGCUCCUCUACAGACUGGCAUCCUGCAGGCCUCCUGACAAGAUGCCCACACCACCUGAACUGGCUCCUUUAGAUACAAAGGAUACAACUGACUCCACUCCAAACUCUCUCUUAACAAUUCAUCGUCAGUACCUCAGUGCUACAUCCUUGCCGUUGUUGUUACAUUUGUGCAGCUGGGAUUACUAGUUUGACGGGAUCUUUCAAGACUUUUCCUUUAUGUUUUUGGUUUUAAUCUUUCAGACGGGGGUUCAGUUUCUCUGUUGUGUCGUAUUUGGGUGCAAAUUAUGAAGUUAAGACUCUAAAUGAUGCACAGACUUACCAAGUAUCAUCGAGCAACAUUUCCCUCAAAAUAGUUUUUUCUUAGUUGUUGUUUUUUUUAAAUAAGGAAAUUGAGAAAUCAGUGUAAUGCAAAUCUUCCCUGCAUUCGAAUAACCCCUCCAUCAUUCUUGUGAUAAGUGCUGUAUUUACUGUGUGUUCCCCUGUCCUUCAGAGAAAUAUCCAGAGAGAGAGAGAUAGAUGUGCGUGUGCAUGUGGAGGUUGUGCAUGCUGGUAAGAUUGCGUGACUGAGAGUGUGUGUUGCAUGGACAUGUUCUGCUUAUGUCAAUGAGUCAUGAAGUCCCCCAGUUGUGUGUACGGAUCUUGUCUUGUUUCCAUGCCAGACCUCUUAAUCCGGUCAUAAACUGGAUGUACAGAAGUGAUUUUAUUUUUCUAUAGAGUGGCAGGUAUCAAUUCUUUUGGAUGCAAUAGGAAACAUUAAUCCUGUAAUAUUUACAGUAGUAAAGAACAUUGCCUGAAGACAUUGUUACAUGAAAUCUGAUGAUAAUAUAAAACAAACUUUGUCUAUUCCUUUAUGUCUCCAGAGGGUGUCAUAAGAUAAGCAUGUUCUGUUGAAAAAAUCAGUUUUAGGCAGUUUGUGUUUGCUUUAUCAAAGAAUUUGGGUAAAGUAGAUAACACAAGACUUCAAGUGACUCCAAAGGCAGGUUGAUGUUCGAGUGUAGAAAACAUUACAUGACCAAUUUUGUUUAUGUUGAAGCACUUUUUCUUUACUUUGAUUUGAAUCCUCUUGAUUUAGAAGUAAAUGAAAUGAAGGUAGUUGAGACUAUGUUGAGCUGAAAGGUGGAUUGGUGAAAAGAGUGUUUCACUGCCGUCUGUGUCUUUAGACAAAAGUUCAGUGAAAAAUCUUUGGGAGGGUUUUGUGUGUGUGUUUUUUUUUCUCUUUGCUAAUGAGCUAAAAUUCUUCUGUUGCGAUGUUUUACUCAUUUUUUUCAGAUUCUUGUUUGGAACAGUGUAGUCUGCGUGCUGUCCAAUUUUAGUUUGAGAAAAAGACUUAAUGCAAUAGCUUGAAUAACUAUAAUGCACUGUAUGCAGAAGCCAUUUCUCUGGUAUUUUAAAGACAUUGAAAACAUCAUCUCUCUAACCUUAUAGGUUUGUUAAUGUAUCAUUUGGAAGAUCUCAAUACUGUCUUUUAUUUAAAUGUAACUUAUUGGGGCAGUAUUGGUUUAUUUGCAUCUAUGGGUGUGUGAUGAUAAAUAAAAACUGAAAAUGCACAUGUGUGCAUGUGUAGUUCCUCUUUAUUAUGGUUCACAUGACGGGGAUUUUGCCAGCUUGGCUAAAAUAGAAAGUUUCCUCCCUCAGAGUUUGACAUAUUUGGGCAGUUGCUUAAUACAGGAAAAGAAAAAUGGCUAAGAAGCGGUAACAAUAGAAAACCAUUCCUGAAAGUUAUGAGGAACACAACAAACAUUUUGGGAACUAGUUUCAGUGAAAAAGAAUAUUUCAUUAGACUUCAUGAAUUUCUAAUGUUAUAGUAGC